GGGUGUUGGAGAGCUUACCUAGGAGCCUAGUAGUUUCAACCCUCAACCCUACCAACCACCCAUCUCGAGCCCCAUCCUGAGCCCAACUUCUUUAAUCCAGAAUGAUACCCUCACUCAUCAAGUAUGGCCUUCGGGCGACCAAACACGCAAAAGAUGCAACCGCAUCUGCAUCGGCCUCUAUGCUGCUUAAAGAACAUUCAACAAAUGGUCCAUUGGUCCGCUCACAAUACCUCGAUGUAAAUCAACUCCAGCGAUUGAGCGCCACGCUUGCUUCUCAUAGCUCGUCUGAUCCCUCCUCCAGUUUCGCAGUAGAGUCGAGCCCUGAUGCCCUUCCCAUUCCUCCCUGUCACCAUCUAGUAUAUUUCACACCACCAGAUGCCGAGGAUAAAUUGGGGCUUGAUGGAUCGGAUACGAUAUUCAACCCGCCAGGAUCUUUUACAAGGAGAAUGUGGGCUGGCGGGGAAUUGGAAUGGGUGGAUGGGAAUAAACUGGUGACGGGGGAGGAGGCAGAGGAAACGACGACAUUGAAGAGUGCAGAAGUGAAGAAGACGAAAGCUGGGGAUGAGAUGAUAGUUGUAGGGGUCGAAAAGACAUUCAAGAAUUCCAAGGGACUUGCGCUUGUGGAUCGAAGAAAUUGGCUAUUUAGACAAGCAAUUGAUUUUAAUAAUCCCCCUCCCCUUCCGCCACUCCCUUCCCUCAUUCCAGUUCCUGCCGUCAAAUACGAGCACACUAUUACCCAUUCACCAAUAUCCCUCUUCCGCUUUUCUGCCUUAACUUUCAACGCGCAUAAAAUACAUUAUGACCGGGACUGGUGUCGGAAAGUUGAGGGACAUCGAGAUUGCGUCGUACAUGGCCCGUUGAACUUGAUACACAUGGUUGAUUUCUGGAGGCAUAUUAUAGGAAAGAGUGAGGGGGUCACAGGGAAUGAUAAGCUUACAGUACUUUUGCCCAAAAAGGUUACGUAUAGAGCUACGAGUCCAUUCUAUGUGGGAGAGAAGUACCGGAUACUCAUGGAGGAGGAGAAGGAAAAGGUCUGCAAUAUGAAGAUUGUCGAUCGGUUUGGAAUUGUGGGAAUGGUAGGCAAAAUUGAGAGGUGAUGUUAUAUUGUGGAAUGUUAUUAAUGCCCGAGGAAAUGUUGUGCUAUACAACUAUGACGAACAACAUUGAGCAUGUUCUACUGGAUACAUCCACCAAUCCUUGCAUUCUUGUCAUUGUCAGGAUGCUGCGUGCAUGUCUUCCCUGGUCUGUAUUGUUUU